AUGGUAGACCAACCAACGAAAUCCCUUUUGGAGUACGGUAUUCCUGAUACGACUAUCGGAGUCUUUUCUAGCAUCGUAAGACCACCUGUGACGGCUCAGCACUUCGAGCUCAAGUCGCAAUUCAUCCAGUUCAUCUGUAAUGAUUCAUUCGCAGGGCUACCACAUGAUUGCCCAGUAAGUCAUAUUGAUAGCUUUUUGGAGAAAUGUGAUACCAUGAAGAUGAAUGGUGUUACAGACGAUGCUCUUAGACUUCGCCUUUUUCCUUUUUCAUUACGGGAUAGGGCGAAGGAAUGGAUGAGAGAUGAAGGUUCUGGCUCAUUUGACACAUGGUACAAAUUGGUGAAGGCUUUCCUAGUCAAGUUCUUGGGACAGGAAAAGACUGCAAGGUUGAGAAACGAGUUAUCCACUUUCAGGCAGUCAGAUGAUGAGUCCCUAUAUGACGCAUGGAGGAGAUUCAAGCGUUUGCAGAGACAAUGCCCUCACCAUGGUAUUCCUGAAUGGAAGUUGAUCCAAACUUUUUACAAUGGUCUAACUCAAGAGUUCCGAAUCUACAUUGAUGCUGCAUCUGGGGGCUAUCUCUUGACAAAGAACCCCAAUGAAGCAAAGGAGCUUAUAGAGAAGAUGGCAGCCAAUGAUAAUUAUCAUCCAGGAGGCCGAAACACUGUGAAAAAGGGAGGUAAACUUGAUGUUGAUGCCUUAACUAUGCUAAACAGUUCUGUGCAGGCACUAACAAGCAGGUUUGAUAAGUUUCAAGCUGGAUCCUCUACUACCCCACAGGAGUUGUGUCAAUUGUGUAAUGUGCAGGGUCAUAUUGCACCAGAUUGCCCGCAGAUUUCGCAAAAUACAGAGGAGAUGUCAAUCGAGCAGGCCAAUGCUUUCUACUCCUCUAACCCCAAAAGGCCCUAUGACCCCUAUUCCAACACCUAUAAUGAAGGAUGGAAACACCAUCCUAACUUUUCAUACAAGAAUACCCAAGCACAGCAAAAUCCACCUCAACCCAACAGCUACAACCAACCACCACCUGGCUUCCAACAAAGACCACCCAGCACCCAACAACCAAUGCAACCACAACCUCAGAAAUCUAGCCUUGAGGUGACGGUAGAGAGCUUUAUAACCGCAACAAAUAGUGCCAUCUAA